AUGUCCACCGACAGUAGGAAUGAGUUGCUUCACAACGCAAAACUUUCAGAGCAGGCAGAACGCUACGACGACAUGGCUUCCUGUAUGAAAAAAGUUACGGAAUUAGGCGAAGAAUUGACAAACGAAGAGAGAAAUUUGUUGUCUGUAGCCUACAAAAAUGUCGUUGGGGCCAGAAGAUCAUCAUGGAGGGUUAUCUCCAGUAUAGAGCAGAAGACUGAGGGUAAUGAGAAGAAGCAAAACAUGGCGAAAGAGUUUCGUGAAAAAAUUGAAGUUGAACUGAGAGACAUCUGCAAUGAUGUCCUUACUCUGUUAGAUAAGUAUCUGAUUCCUAUGGCUGGCAACCCAGAGAGCAAAGUUUUCUACCUGAAGAUGAAAGGAGAUUACUUCCGUUACUUGGCUGAAGUGGCCCAUGCCAAUGACAAGUCCAACAAGCUGGCUGAUCGAGAAAAGAAGUCCUACCAAUCGGCAUUAGACAUAGCCAAGGAGCAGAUGCAACCAACACACCCGAUAAGAUUGGGCUUGGCUCUCAACUACUCUGUCUUCUUCUAUGAGAUCAUGAAUGGCUCUGAGAAAGCUUGUGAACUGGCUAAACAGGCAUUUGACAGUGCCAUAGCAGAGUUGGAUACAUUGAAUGAGGACUCUUACAAGGAUAGUACCCUCAUCAUGCAACUGCUCAGAGAUAAUCUCACUCUGUGGACAGCUGAUACGCAAGCGGAUGAAGCUGAAGUCUGUGGAGAGGCAGGUGCUGAGAAUUGA